ACUAUCUUCUAUGGUAGAAUAAGAGCUUUGGAGAGGAAUAAGCUCACAAAGAAGACUUUAGAACUGGCACAGCAGUACUUCUUGCCUCCAUAUGCUUUCCAGAUUCGAGUUGGUGCUCUGUACCUUUUGUAUGGGCUCUAUAGUACACAGCUUUGCCAGCCAAAACAAAAGAUCAGAAUUGCGCUCAAGGAUUGGCCUGAAAUCCAGAGGUUUCAACAGGAUCUGAUAGACUCCCAGCAUUACGAUGCAGCGUACAUCUUUAGGACGCUGCGACUUGCCAGAGCAUUCCAUUUCACAGCAAUGCCAAAGCUGCUAAACUACCGAACUAAGAAGAAGAUUGAGGAAAAUGAGUUUAAAGAAGAAUUUAAGGACCCAAGUAACAGAGUAAACACCCUCAUCACUAAUGAUGUGUUGGAGGAACUGAUGAAUAUUCAUGAGCACUAUCAGAAAAUGAAGUGUGUCAUUUCGGCUGACAAAUCCCAGCCAGACAAGGCGCUGAGCUUGAUAAAAGAUGAAUUUGUAGUUACUCUUAAAGACAUAACCUUGGAACAUCAGGAAUGGCAGCAGAACAGAAUGAAAUUAUUCCUAAAUGCUAAAGAACCUGAUGAAGUAUCAAGCAAAAAGGAGGAAGGGACUUUGAUAGAAUCAGAGGGCUCUGAAAGAGCAAGUGCAUUGGCUAGAAUCAAAUACAAGUCUUACUCUGCAGUUGUUGAGGCUUCCAAAUCCAGAAGACACCGUCAAGUGAAAUUAGAAUCUUCUGAAUCAGGAUUGAAUUUGGGGAAAUCUCCAACUCAAAGUAAAAAAAACAGUAGGAGUCCACAGUCAGCAAGGAGAGAUUCUUUGGCAAUCAAAGGUGAAAUGCCAGUGGCAAAGGAAGCUGUUACUCGGCAUAUUGGGAUGCCUGUUAUUGCAGAGGAAGAGAACUCGGAUGAAGAAG